CAAAGUAAAAUAUCACCAGUUUUAAUAGCAAAAUGUUUUUACUGCUUUAUGCAGCUUACUUUGUAAGCUUUCUGCAGUUGGGCCAAGCUACCCAUCCAGAUUGCCACGACAGUGACAACAGGAGCAGCAAUGGCACUGUUCUACCCGUCGUACUAUGGCACGGAAUGGGUGACACUUGUUGUUUUCCAUUCAGUAUGGGCUCUAUUAAGAAACUAAUCGAGGAGCAUACCAACGGCACCUAUGUGCGAUCCUUGGAAAUAGGUGCAAACAUUGUUUUGGACUAUGAGAGUGGCUUCUUUAUACAUCCGAACAAGCAGGUGGACUACGUAUGCAAACAGCUGGCUGAGGAUAAAAAGCUGGCCAAUGGCUACAAUGCCAUUGGCUUUUCCCAGGGCGGCCAAUUUUUACGAGCGGUAGCCCAGCGUUGUCCCAAUCCGCCAAUGCGGGUGCUCAUCAGCCUGGGCGGCCAGCAUCAGGGCAUCUACGGAUUGCCAAAGUGUCCCACGCUUAGCGUCAGCAGCUGCGAAUAUAUUACCAAACUGCUCAACUAUGCGGCCUACGAGGACUGGGUCCAGAACGAACUGGUGCAGGCCACAUACUGGCAUGAUCCGCUUCACGAGAACAGCUAUCGACUGAAGAGCAGCUUCCUGGCGGACAUCAACAAUGAACUGUACAUAAAUGAACGCUACGCAGAGAAUCUAAACAAGCUAAAGAAGUUUGUAAUGGUCAAGUUCCUCAAUGACACCAUUGUGCAGCCCAAGGAGUCGCAGUGGUUCGAGUUCUAUGCACCUGGCCAGGACAAGCACAUACUGCCGCUCAACGAGAGCAAAGUCUUCAAAAAUGUUGGCUUGGAGCUAAUGCAUAAAUGCAAGAAGCUGCACCUCCUCAGCGUUGAGGGUGAUCAUCUGGCCGUAUCCAAGGAGUGGUUUGUCAAGGAGCUUGUGCCGCUGCUACUCGAAACAUACUAAGAAUAUCAGCCCCGCCCUCUACCACAGCUGUGUCGUCUCACGAGCUCAAACAAAGAAACGUUUUAAUAGCAUAUAUAAGCUGAAUGACGUACGAUAUGACAUAUAAA